AUGGAAGACGGGGCUCAGCGAGGCGUCACCGCGGCGUUUCCUCCGCCGCCGCCGUUUUGGAAACAUUUUGGCCAGGGCAACCUGAGCAAGCUGGCGGAUGCAAAGCGUGAAGCGCGCCGUGGAGACGAUGGCGACGAGAAGGCAGCGAGCAAGGACUGGACGCCGGCCGAGCUGCGAGGGCUGGACGUGGCGCCAGAGCUGAGGUUUCUGAUACCGCCUGAGCCGCCUGUGACGGAUUAUGUGCUGUUUGGCGAAACGCAGCAGCUGUCACCCAACCCUCCCUCUCUGGGCGACCAAGGGAUAACCCAACUGUAUCCUUCCUCCUCACCUACGUCUGGACACGCCUAUCACCUUACCAAAAUCUCCAAGUCGCUACUGCUUAACUUCCUAGAGCUCACAGGCAUCCUCUCCAUCGCUCCGGAACACGCGGAGGAGAAGCUAGAGAUGAUUCGCACCCUAUUCAUCAACGCAUAUCAUCUGUUGAACCUGUACCGGCCACACCAGGCUCGGGAGUCACUGGGUGGCCUGAUCGAGCAGCGCAUCGAGCUGGCCAAGGAGGAGGUGAAGCAGAUGGAGGAGGUGGAGGGGAGAGUGGCCGGCUGGCUGGAGAUGGUGGGCAAGGAGGGAAAGGAGGGAGUAUCGGGCGACGAUGAGAUGCAGGUCGAGCGCGAGGCAGGUAGCGAGAAAAAGGGAGAGAGUAUAGCGCUUGGGGAGAAGGACAGAGAGGUUGCGGAGGCUCGGAUGAUGUGGAGGCUUCUCGAUGGGCUCGAGGAAGCCGGAUGA